CCUUGUUCGCAUCAUGGAGGAAGUUUAUUGACACAUGGAAAUGAUGCGCUCUUGCUGCUUGUGUGUGGCUGUUUGCUUAAACAAAUCACGCCACACUUCUCGCUCUAGGAUUUCUCCUUAACAUGGAACACCCCUGAAUCCUGACGAAUCUUCCCAAAAUAUCACGAUAGUUGUGCAUCGAUCCUUUAUCUUGUAAAAUGCCAAGACAAACCAUUACUCAAUCGUCGUGGUACGAUAAUGCCAGGCGACUCAAGGACCCGAAACCUCGUUUGGAGUGGGACGAAGUCACAGAGUGGGAGGAGGCGAAUCUCUGCAACAAGAUAACCAUCUUCGACUUGCCCCUCGAGUGCCCAUUUCCUCUCACCAACAGGCGAAAUGCUUGUGCCCUGAUCGAAAAUUUCCUAGACGCCGUCAGAUACCACAGGGAACUAUUUCCCUACUGGCGCAGGCGCGCCAUCAAGUACUUUAUCUGGCGUGAAUGGUUCGUCAUCAGGAACAACGAUGAGUGGAAAGAUUACAGGAACCACCCCCUAUUCAAGAAUCGUGACGCACUCAGGGCUUUGGCGAAGAAGCAAUUUCAGAACGCAAUGGGGCUUGCAUCUGGUUUGUUGUUCGUCCUCCACGGACUCUACACCAACGACUGGGAACUCGAGUUCCUGUUGAAGGGGCAGCGGAAACUCAUCGACACUUACAACAUGUGUGAUGUCAAUAUGACGCUGUGGAACAGGGAAAAAAUGCUCGACAUCCUGUUCAUUGAGUGCCAAUGGCUCAAAGACACGCUCCUCGAAGCGCACAUGAAGGAGAAGAAGGAGGUAGAUGAAGAGUGGGAGCACAGACAAACAAAGACACUUGAAGAAAUGGAGGUUUUUAUCGAUGAGACACCAGAGCUUAUGGAUGAGGAUGAGGAUGAUGAUAAUGCUCAAGGAAACGCUCAAAACAAUGCUCAAGGUAUCACUCAAGGUAUCACUCAGAAUAAUACUCAAAAUAACACACGAGCUAUCGAUCAAGGCAACGCUCAAGACAUCGAUCCAUGGGACGUUCCUAUCACCAUGUGUAUGAAUCAAUGGGACGAUCAAAGUUUCGCACAGCAAUUCGAGCAAAUGAUUCGAAGGCAGGAAAAGGAUCUCCGUCAAUGGGACGCUCAAUGUUAUGCUCAGGGUCUCAAAGAAAGUCUGGUUCACAGUAUGGCUCAAAUUCUCAAAUUCGAGGUAGAGGACGCUCAGUAUUUCGCUCAACGUCGCGCUCAGGACGUCAACCAAAGGAAAGCUCGAAGUAUUGCUCAAGAAAGGGCUCGGCAACACCGCAAUCGACGUCAGGCUCAAAUUCGCGCUCAAAUCCGAGCCCAACGUCGCGCUCAGGGUCGAACUCAGGGUCGCACUCAAGACAAGGCUCGAGGUAUUGCUCAAAACAACACUCAACGUAUUGUUCAGUAUUUCGAUCGGGACACCUCCCAAAAUAUCAUUCAGAGUCUCUCCCGGGGAAACACUAAAAAAAGUGUUAAAGCUUUCAUGGAAGGUGUCUAUCAAGAGCUUGCUCGAGGUAUCGCCCAAGACAAGGCUCAACAACGUCGCACUCAACGUCGCGCUCAUCGCACCGUACAGGAGAACAUUCGAGAGACCACUCAAAAUACCGCCAAGGAGAAUGGUCAAGAAGGAACUCAGAACAACCUCCAAGAUUCCACUGCAACGGCUCAUCAUCAUCAACGAACAGACUCGCAGGCUCCUGAAGACCCAGUCAAUACUGCUGUUCCACCUAUACACCCACGUCCUGCCCUUCCGGCGAGGCCAGCCGACGAUGAUGAGGAUAUAUAUGGCUAUAGCGGGGGCGAGGAUGGCAAUUUUAAAAAGAAAUAGUGAAGCUGCCGUUGAGGUUUCCGCUCCAUGGAGUAACUUUUGCAAGGCAGUCUUGGUUAUAUGGCUGAUGCAGAGGACCUAGGAGCUCUCGAGGAUUACAUAUGGCGCUAAAGUCAAUGUCAAGUAAUAUGCUUAGUCGAGUGUUGGGAAGGUUAUUGAUAGCAAUAGGAAGGGUAGGCGAAUGCCGGCGAGACUGGUAAGGGCAAUGCUGAAUGCAGGUACAGCGAUAAGGAGGAUUCGAGUAUGAGAACAAGAUUGCGUUAAGUUAGGGGUAAGAUUGGCAGGAACCCUAAUAUUCAGAGGCAUAACUACUGGGCCUCAUUAUAUCAGCUUUUAACUACGUAGGGUCCAUGUGUAAGAACUAAAGCGUUUCCAAUAAUCCCGUGUUCCUAACCCAACGAA